AUGUCACUGGCAGUCAGCAAGGCUUCCACGUCUUCUUCAAGGAGCAGUAUCGCCUCCUCCAAGAAGGUUGAGUUGUCAUCUCCGAGAUGCUCUUACGUGUCUGAGAAGAUUGAAGGUGAUGUGGAAGUUAACCCCGAGGGCAUGCCUGACUUCAUGGCUGUCUUCAACGUGGUUAUGACUGCUGGUGGAGAGGGUAUGUUGGCUUUGACCACGGCGACGGCCAGUGUGGGAUAUCUGCCUGCUAUCAUCCUACUCUUCGUGUGUGGUGCUAUUGGGUGGUUGAUGGUAUACCUGUUGUACUGCUGCCGCGUGAUGGCUCAGCAGCUGGGUAUGCACGUGGUAAUGGCUUAUGAGGAUCUUGGCGACGCCGCUUUUGGUCGAGUAGGGCGGAUAGUUGUUGCUGUAUGUUUACAUAUCUCACUGAUUGGUACAUGCUGUAUUGUUAUCCUCCUCCUCGGUCAGAACUCCUAUCAUCUCUAUGAUGGCAUUUCUAUUACCUGGUGGGUUGUCAUCUGGGCUUUCCUCCUCCUCCCUUUGAAUUGGCUCAAGACUAUGCGAGAGAUUGGUUAUGUGUCGAAUACCUUUGGUGUUGUCGCUGUGGUCAUGUCUGUCAUCGGCCUCACUGUGGGUGGCUUCGUCCAAGCUGCGGCAAGUGACGGUGACGUGGAGUACGUACUUGGUGUAUCACAGCCGCUCAGCAUUCUCGCUGCUUACACUACCUUCUCUUUCGCUUACGCUGUUACUUGUGGCUCUACAACUGUGGUACAUGACAUGCGAAUACCUUCUCAUGCCCCUAAGAUGUUUUUCUACGCUUUCGCGACGAUUACCGUCCAGUUGGGCGUCGUCACUGCUGCGGCUUAUCUCGGGUGGGGCCAAAGUCUUCUCUGCUACGGCAAUGUCUUGGAUGCUAUGCAUAAGAAUGUCUGGGGAUAUAUUUCCUUUGCGAGCAUUCUCGGGUUGUGCUCUACACACUAUGCCCUUCUACUGCAUCCAUCUUGUAGGGCGAUUGAGGUCCUCGCCGGUUUGGAAAACGGCUCGCCGCGAGCUGAGAAGUGGGGAAAGUGGCCCACUCUAGUUGCGACUUGCAGUCUACGUAGUCUUCUCGUUGCCAUCACUGCAAUCAUCACUAUCGCGGUACCCAACUUUACGUUGCAAGUUGAUUAUCUAUCGGCUGUGACUUACACGCUGAUCCAUCUUGUCUUCCCUCCCCUAUUCUACAUGAGACUUAAGUAUCUGUUGUCUCGUCACUCUAAGGAUGAGGGGUCGGCCAGAGACGAAGGGAACUUUGGUUCGAAGCGGGCAACAAUGAGGAGUUUAUCUUUCAUCGUUCUCAUGCUUGUGGCUGGGGUUGGAUCUGCUUGGACUCUGUACCAAACUAUCUACCCUCCAGCGUCCCCCGAGGAGUGCUCGGUUCUAUCGUCGUAGCGAUUGGCUUGUGUACUUUCUUACUAUAGGUUUCUAUACCUCUGCAUUAGCAGACCUUCGUGUGCACUCAGUGAGUGUCGCUCAUGUUUAGUUUUCUCUCGUCUUUUCAUGGUGUAAUACGUAGCACUGUUCCUCCUUCGUACGGAGUUGCUAUUACUGUCUCGACUUACUCUCCCUGUUAGACUGCUCAAGAGCUCAGCGUCUACAAUUGACUCACAGUCUAUGUAGCUUGUUAGACCUUCUUAGUUGUCUAUGUCGCAUCCAGCGCUUUU